GAGGGGGCGCUCUAGCCCACGGAGUUGGUUGGCUCUUUGGCCUGCCCCAAGUCUGGCUGUACCCGAAGCGGGCUAGGAAUUCCAGACUCUCGCGCUCCUUAGUCGCAGAGUCACAAGACAUACUUGGGAGAGAGGUUCAAAUUCCCUGUGCUUAAUGCCAGGUCAUUCCUGGCCCUGAGUGAGAAGGAGGCUUCUCUCUCUUUUUUGUUUAUAACCUUCUCAUUCCAUUCCCAGCCCUUGACCACUUGUCUGUCAUGGACCUCGUCCGCACCUGCUCCAGCUUCCAGUCAGACCUGGAUUUCUGUCCUGAUUGCGGCUCAGUCCUGCCUCUACCAGGAUCUCAGGAUACAGUCACCUGUAUUCGCUGUGGCUUCUCCAUCAACGUGCGAGACUUCGAAGAGAAAGUUGUGAAAACCUCAGUCGUGUUACACAAACUAGGGACAACCAUGCCUAUAUCGAUGGAGGAAGGACCUGAAUUCCAGGGACCUGUGGUUGACAGGCGCUGCUCUCGCUGUGGUCAUGAGGGAAUGGCAUACCACACCAGACAGAUGCGUUCAGCGGAUGAAGGACAGACUGUCUUCUACACCUGUACCAACUGCAAGUUCCAGGAGAAGGAAGACUCUUGAUUUUUUAUUUUCUGGGCAACUCAACAAUCCCUCCCUCUCCUCUUCAUUAGAAGAGGAGAUAUUGGUUUCUUAGAUCCUUGUCCAUCCUCUGGUUGCAAUAUUUGCUUCCAGAGAAGCAGAUCAUCAUGUGGGAAUUGCCAUUGUCCCCAGGUUGCUCCAAUUCCUAGUUGAGUUUUCCUAUUAAAACAGUAUUUUUCUAUAAGACCCAGGCAUAUGUGUGUUAAUUAUAAUUUGUCUUGUUCCAAAUGUAAUUUAAAUGAGCUUAUAGAGAUAUAAUUGUUCUUUCAACAAAUGUAGCAGCUACAAAAAGAUGUAAACUAGUAGAUGAGAAACAGAAGAAAAAUGAAGUCAGCAAUGAGGCUAAUAUUACAAGAGCAAUUACAAGUAUUUUCUCACUAUCUGAAUCUAUUUGGUUCCUGAGUAUAAGGAAACAAAAAAUGGCAGUUUGGAUACUGAGAGAUUCAAAGGGAAAUUUAACCAGAUCUAUUUGAUAUGUAAAUUUGGACAACAAAAUACAUGAUACUUGAGUAUGUACUUACUACAGGUGGACAUUUUGGAAAUUAUUUUUAUUCCUCUUAAGAUAAAUGUAACUAUAAUGUAUUCAUAUGUAGAAAGAAAAAAGUAAAAAUCACAGAGAGAUUUGUUAUUUUAAUGGGCUAUACUAUAUAGGCCUAGUUGUAUCUUUCUUUCAGCUUGAACCAAAAACUUAAAAGGGAACCAAACAUAUAAUCCAAGCACAAUAAACUUAUUCAAAUUUUAGUCUGGAAGUCAGUAUUACUACAUUUCUUGGCUUAAAUGAUGAUGAAGUUGUGCGAGUAAUAAUGAUUAUCUUGUAAUUGUAUGACCCUUUGUGUAUUCAGAGCUCUCAAAUAUAUGCUAUCUUGUUUGACCCUCUCAGCAAUUUUGAGGGGUGGGCAGAACAAUCUUCUGCAUUGUACUUUUGAACUGUUCUGGCAGUUGACUUCCCUGCCCCACUCCUAAAAUGUGAAACAAAUCUGCUCAUUAUUUCUACUAUAUGUUAAGCCUUUCCCUGGCCCAUAACAUUGACUAGAUAAAGUCCAAGUUUUUUAGCAAAGCAUCAGGGCAUCCAAAUAACCAAGCCUACCUGUCAAGCCUCCUCAACACUCCCCUACAUCCCAGCUUGCUACAUCCCAACUGCAUGUCCUUUAGUAUACACACCUGUGACUCUGUAAGCUGCUUUUUACAAAAAGUAUCUUUGCCACUUGCCUUUAAACUACUCUUGCUCCUUGAAAAAAAUGUACAUAUUUUUAUCAUAGCAUAAAUUGUGCUUAUCAUUUAUGA